CUAUUAUCAGAUAAUACCUAAUGUAUCUGGAAUAAGAUUACUGAGGUGAAACAGACGCAAAGGGAGAUGCAUUUAGUGUUGGUACUUCUUGCGCUCCUGUCCCCAUCAUGUUCAGCGCGAUAUCAAAACGUGAUCCUUCUCGUUCCCAAAUACAUUGAGCCAGGGACGAACUUCUGUGUUGAAAUCCACAGCAAAGACAAUCCAUGGACAAUUCCUUUAGUUGGACAAAUUAAAACGUCAACAGGGGCACUUGUUUCAUCAAAAGAAAUUGACGUUUAUCCAGGAACAGUAUCGAAGCUGGUGUUGAAGAUCCCACCAACCAUAACCCAAGAUACGAUGUACAUCUUCAACUGCAAACCUACAACUCAAAGAAUCAACAUGGAAUCUUCAGUUUCAAUUCUUGCAUACAGGGAUGAUGGUUAUUAUUACCUAAUACAAACAGAUAAAUUCAUAUACAGGGGAGGACAAACAGUUCGAUUUCGAGUUAUAGGAUUAAACCAACAUCUAAUCCCCCACUCUGCACCAUUAACAGUUACUGUGAAGGACUCUAAGGGACAGAAAAUUGAACUGUGGAACAAUCUGUUGAUGACUGACGGGGUACUGAGUCAUAGUUUUGAUCUUGGAGAUGAUGUGCCAUUUGGAACUUGGUCAAUCACUGCAAGCGACGGGGUAAAUUCGACGACGGUAAAUCUGAAAAUCAUGGAUUAUUAUUUACCAACCUAUGAAGUAAAAGUUGAAUUUCCACAACAAAACAAAUUUGUUGCCUUGACUGAUGAUUUUGUACAUGUGAAAGUAACGGCCAGGUAUUUUUUUGGAAAAGACGUCCAGGGUAACGUCUCGAUCAUUGGCUCUCUGAAAUCAUGGGAUCAGCCGCAAUAUUAUGGAAUCCAGUUUCCUGCCUACUCACCACUACCAAAACAGAUAAAAGGCUCUGCAACGUUUGACAUACCAAUGUCGGAAAUAAGGAAAAUGAUUGAAGCUCUCAAUGCCCCGCUCUCUUCUGAUUCCCUCUAUGUAGACGCAUAUGUAGCGGAUCAGGGUAUCAGCAUGAACGGCUCCAAAGCUGUAGUUCUCUACGACAGCCCUAUAGAAAUAAAAAUCACACCAGUGUCAAAGUUUUUCCGAGCAGGGAUGCGUUUUGAUACACAGAUACUGAUACGACAAGUGAAUGGAGACCAACUCCCAACUCCCCUGUUAAAAGGAACCCUUACAACUACUAUCAACGGACACACCUCCAGCUACACGUUUAUUCCAGUACUGCAUGGUUUCAAUACAGUUAAGAUCGUAGUGCCUAGCGAUGCUUUGAGUCUGAAUGUGAAGGUCGAAUAUCAGGGAGUCAGCAAGGAUAUGGAUAUCAACUCAUUUUCAGGGUCAGAGGGUCACUUCUUGGAACUACUGCCUUCAUCACAAGAAGUUAAAGUAGAUGACUGGCUCAAUGUUACAAUACUUUCAAACCAAGUACUUCCGGAUCUGAACUACAGGAUAGUCGUGCGUCAAGACGUCUUUGACGACGGCGUUAUAGCUACCCAGAACAAGUCUUCAGUAACUACGCAGUUCCACAUAACGCAAGAAAUGUAUCCAGAUGCGUACAUUAUUGUGUAUUACUUCUUACCAGACGGCGGAGCGGUUGCAGACGAAGUUCGGGUGAACAUAGAUAGCUCUGACCAUAAUCGGGUGCACAUCAGUUUCAAACAACCGUAUGUUCGUCCCGGCGAUAAUACCACUCUCAGUGUAUCAGGAACUCCGGGAUCCACAAUCUGCCUCACGGUUGUUGAUAAAAGUGUCCUCAUAUUAGGCAAUGAAAAUGAAAUCACUGAACCCAGGUAUAAACACCUGUUAUUGUCAAAAGCCGUUCAUGCCGUUGAUGAGGAUAACAGCGAAGACCUUCUUACGAAUACUGGAAUGUCUGUUUGGACACUCAAAACAGAUAUAAACGAAUGCUUCAUAUCACAACCAUGUCGGAAUGGAGGAACAUGCGUGGAUGAGAUUCCGGGGUUCAAAUGUUAUUGCCCUCCCCACUAUACUGGAAAAGUCUGCGAAAUAAACCUUGAUAUGAUUGCACCACAUUCCGCACCUGGUGCUACCGCAUAUAUUCCACGCCCUACUGAAACAGGCAUCCCUAAAGCGCAUGCAGGGCUGACCAAUGUGCAAAAGAUAAGGACGCGAGCAAACUUUCCAGAGCUUCCUCUUUGGAAAAGGAUCACCAUUGGUCCGACGGGUAAAGCUAACGUCUCUGUGAACCUUGGGGACACUUUGACGACAUGGGUGGCUAGUGCCUUUGGAUUAAACUUGAAGUAUGGACUAAGCAUCUCGUCGGAAUAUGCUGAGGUGCAAACUUUUCUCAGUUUCUUCGUGUUGCUCACUGUUCCGGAUCACAUCGUGUUUGGGGAAGAGAUACUAUUACAGCCAAAGGUGUAUAACUACAUGGGCAGUGAUUUUCUUGUAAGUAUUGCUAAGUAAUAUUCAGCUCCAUGACCUUUCAUGCAUACAACACGUGGCUAUCAUGUCACGCUAAAAUGCUGUAAGGUCUGGUAAGAAUAGUGAUACAUGGGACACUUUAAAUCGUCUACAAGGUGAUAU